AUGGACAUCAUGUUUGGAGGAACGGAGAGUAAGAAAUCGGUGAAUAUGUAUGUGGAAGCUGUUCGAAAUAACUUAGAAAAGGCAUAUAAAGAUGUUCGAGAGCAGAUGAAAGUUGUGCAGAAGAGACAACGGGAGUUUUACAAUGAGCGCAAGUCAGGAAAACCUUAUGAAAAAGAAGAUCGGGUUGGGUUGUACACGCCUUACACAAGGACAACGAAGUCAAAGAAACUAUACCAAGCAUGGUUCGGACCUUAUCGAGUCGUGAAACGGUUAUCUGAUUCCGUUUAUCGCGUUCGGCUGGUCGGAGGUCGAAAGAGAAGAGUGGUGAACUUUAAUCGCCUAAAACCUUAUGCGACUAAUUAA